AUGUUAUCUGAUAGUGAAAGUGAAGAUAAUCCUUCUGGAGGUACGGGUACAGACAUCGACGAAGAUUAUUUGCCGGCUAAUAACAAACAUAACCCUAACCUCAAAAGACCACUUUCAACAAGCUCGUCUUCGAAUGAUUCUGAUGAGGAAAUUCAAGGCACUGGAACUGUCCCUUUUAUGUUAGAAGACGUCCGUGUUACAUCCGAAGAUGGAAGUGAUCAAAUACCUGGAAUUCUUGAAAACACGCCACAACGAGGAAAAAAGCGGCUUGCUAAUUCAGGCGAUAGGAGCUUUGGAGCUAUAGAAAUAGAGAAAAGACAAUAUGACAAAAUAUAUUUGCCUCAAGAGUACUCGAAUAUUAUUGAAAAUACUAACAAGAACUUUAAAGUUAUCCAGGAUAUAUUUUUAAAUUUGAAGACCUAUUUGCAGCAGUUUUUUGUAAAGAAUCCUUCAAGGAAGAAAUUUACGAUUUCAAAAUAUCGAAUCAUGGGUUAUGAAAAACUAGAUACUGAAAUAUCAUUUAACUGCAGUGAAAAAGUCUUUUUCAAUUUGUUCAAUGUUGUUGAAUUUGAAGAUAGAAGGAAUGUGCAGCCCCUGACCUUAACAAACCCUACAAAUAAGAUGUAUAGUGAAAGACGAAAGCUAAAAAAAAAUAAAUUUGAUCACGUCAUGACUCUUGCGAAAAAUUAUGUGCUACAAUGUGGUCAGUGGUUUUAUGAAGAAAUCAGAGGCUACCAUCAGAGCUUUUCGUCAGAUGAUAAAGAAACUUCCGCAUCAGAAUUCAAUGAUGAUGAUUUAAUGAAAAUAUUUUAA